AUGUUCUUUGCCAGUACGCUUUGGUGUGGUGCAGCUGGCAGUAUCAGCAGUUUCAUCGCCGCAAGAGCGGUAAGUGGGCUGGGUGCCGGUGGUGUGGUCGCCCUCGGGGGAAUAUUGACGAGUGACAUUGUCAAAAUCGAGUACAGAGGAAUUUAUCAGAGUUAUUUCAACCUGGCGUACGGAGCGGGCAAUGGACUGGGCGCCGCCUUAGGUGGCUUUCUCUGCGAUUACUUUGGCUGGCGCGCUGCCUUCUUCUUGCAGCUACCGUUUAUCGUCGUUUAUGGCGUCCUUGCCCUCUUUUCUUGCCCUGACAACCUCGGCCCAAAUCUUGCGAAGACACAGGGGAAGACACUCAGCGAAGCCUUCAAGAGCUUCGACACCUAUGGAACGAUUGGAAUGAUCCUUACGGUCUCUGGCCUUAUUCUCGGGGUCAAUCUGGGAGGAAAUGUCUUCACAUGGAGACAUCCCCUGGUCAUCAGCAGCCUUGUGAUCUCUGGUAUUUCAGGUGUCUCCCUGAUUUUUGUGGAGCGCAAAGCCGAACGACCAAUUCUCCCUCUGAGGCUUUUCUCGACGACUCCCGUUGCGAAUGUUAUAGGAAGCAAUUUUCUCGCCUCGAUGCUCGUCAAUACCAUUCUGUUCAACGUUCCGCUCUACCUCCAAGCAGUCCGACAAACCUCGCCGACGACUUCGGGUCUUUAUCUGGUUCCUCCUCUAGUCGGGGCUAGUAUCACCGCCAUCCUAGCAGGAGUUUACAUCACCUUCACCAGGCGAAUGAAGCCGCCGAUGGUCCUGGGUUCAGCCUUGGGACUUUGUGGCGCGAUAGUGGUAGCAUGUCUGUCGGCAGAUACGCCGACCUCGCUUGUCCCUUAUCUCAUUCCCUUCGUCUCGAUCGGCCAAGGGUUUUUCUUCCCAGCAGCAACCAUUGCUGUCCUAGCACUCAACUCACAGGAGGAUCAAGCUGUGGCAACUACCACUCUCGGUCUCAUCCGCAACCUCGGCUCCAUUAUGGGUGUGGCUUUGAGUAGCUGGGUAUUGCAGAACGCGCUGCCAAUAUACCUGAACAGAUAUGUCACAGCACCGGAUGCUGUCACCAAAGAAAAUAUCAUUCGUACUGUCAGGGAAUCCAUCCGCGCAAUCCGAAAUUUGGAUCCUGUGCACAAGAAACAGGUUAUUGAUGCAUAUGCGUCCGGCUUGAGAGCGACGUUUCUCAUGGGCAUCCUCUUUUCCGUCUUGUCUGUCUUGCUCAUAUGGCCUAUGCGGCUGCCCCGUUUGCAGAAGCAAGAGGAUAUGGACAAAGGUGAGGCGGCUGUUUUUGCUCCCGGAUUGAGUGAUGAUGAUGAAGAGGAGGAGGAAGAUAUCGAGCCUCAAGCAUUGCUGGCGUCACCAACCUAUUCUAUUUCACGAACUUUGACGAGUAUCACAAAUCGGAGCGCAAGAUCAACUUCUUUGAGCGGUACGUUAGAAAGGAGAGCAAGUUUUGACACGAAUUUUUAG